CGCUUCCGAAUAAACCUAGCUAGCGGUUUACUACUUGUGUUAUCUUCCAGUGAAUACCACGCAGAUGAACACAGCGUAUACUACUUCAUCCUAUUCAAAGACCAAUCCAACAACGAACAAUGCAAGAGGAUCAUCAACACCAAGUGAGUCGCCAUCUACGAGCAUGACUCAAAUCGCCAGCCCUCAAAAUGUCUCGUUGUCAAAUAGCUCGCCGAGUUUUGAACCAGAUACAUCACCUACCAUUAUUUCCAUCCCUUCGUCCACGGUUACUAGUGAUACAUGCACAAGUACAUGUGUAGUUCGUCAUGACUCCUGUGAAACGAAAACCAAACUGUGUCUGUGGGAGUGGGUGACUAUAUGUUGCGGAGCGUUUAUACUGAUACAUUCAAUCAUCAUUGGAUCGCUGUGUGUAAGUAGACUAUCCACUGUUAUGUUAUGCUAUUAUUUGUUGCUGUCUAAUGGACGUUUCCCCUUAUAGCGAUGUCCGCUAUGCAUGACGGUAGGAGGCUGUAGAUUGCUUUCGAACGAAAUGGCGGCUGUAAGAGUGAAAGAUUUUGUUUUGACGAUACAAUGACGGAUUUUAAAACCUUUUCACAUCCAUUGAUAACUUUUAACUCCAGGGAAACAACUAGGGAACUUCAAAUCACAUAUAGAUGAAAUUUCGUGAAGUUCUGUGCAAUAAUGGCAAAGAAAACGCGUUUACAAGGAGGCGACGUGCGAACACAUUUCGCGGACAAUCUGUUGAAAAAAACUAGCCUUAACAACAAAAACAGGUGAACGACCGUUUUAACUAAAGAAUUAAGGAUAAGUUUUUUUGAAGACUAAAUAUUACUGGUAGGUUUUGUACUGGGUCUCUAGUUUAUUUGGAUCGUAUGAAUUUAUAAAAGCAAUUUUUUGCUUUGUGAAAUUGGCAACUUUUGUCAUGAUUUUGUUCAAAUUUUUCAGUCCGAAAACUUGCGUCUGUUUGAACAAAUUUCUAAGCCUGAAUAAUAUCGACCAAUCUGAAUGAAUUGCCUCUAGUUGUAGCAAGAGCAUUUAAUGGUGAAUGUGUUCUCUUGAUUUCAUUUGCAUAUUUUAUCAUAAUUUUAUAAAAAUUUCUCGAGUAGUGAACUCCUCAGUUGAUCAGUUAAUAUUUAAUUGCUGAUCACAACAUGAAAUUUAGGUUUAUAGUAUUUUAUGCCUUCUUUCAGCUGAACCUUUCUGUUAGAUUGGAAGAAUAAUGUGCUUACCUAAAAUAUUUUAAGAUGUCUGCAUGUAAAGAUAUUUAAAGUCCUCAGCCUGGACAUACACUCUAUCUUAGUAUAAGUGGGGUGUGCUAAUCUGAUGAAGUAAUACAUACGCCCGUAUUCUAAAAGCUCACUCGCACUCAAUGAGUGGAGAUUCAAUCUGACCUUCUCUUGAGUGUCAAUGCUGUUUUUGAGUAGCUGGAGGGUGAGUAGUCACCGAGAUGACAUUAGCCUUCCAGCUAUUCAAAAACAGCAAUGACACUCGUGAGAAGCUCAGAUUGAACUAAAAUGCCACUCAUUGAGUGCGAAUGUGAGUGUGAGUGAGCUUUUAGAAUACGAGCGAUAGAUGACUUUGGGUAUGUUUAGUUUGAUCUAGAAUUCUCUUUAGUAUGACAGAUAACACAGAUUGAUCAGCUUUUAGUUGAGCAUGCAACAAUAAUUAUUGCUUGCAGGGAUCUUAUUUUCGCAUGCUGAGAUUUUUUGGAGAGAUCAUGUAUUACCUGGUCAUGUAUUCAGGGUGUUGUGAUUUGUUUGGAAAUCAACCAAGUUACAAAGUUAUUACUUAAUUGCAAAAUAUCUAUUGCUGGAUUGGGGUAGUUUCCCAAGAAAAUAUUUGAAGUUUUGAAUGCCUUGGACUAAAAUUUCUGAUCUAAAUAUGAUCCAGCGGGGCAUGCUCCCCACGAAAAAAAUUGUAAUCUAGAGUCCCUGAAAUGCAAUUUCCAGCAUUUUUGGGAAGAUAUAUUAUACAGAAUUCCAAAGAUUGUAGAAUACAUGAAACACAUGAUUUUUCAUGAUUAUUUGAAGGCUGGUAUAUUACGGAACUAUACAUUGAAAAUAGACACUUCACCUUUGUUUUCAUUGAAAAUCUGGAAAAGCCAAGCUUGUUAAACUGAGGCAUUCUAUCGGUUUUGUGAUGUGUUAAAAAUUUCCACCCAAUUGUUCAUCUCUUUUUGACAUAUAUAUUGGAUUCACAAAAUGAUUAUCUGUUUUGGAUCAAAACCGGACAGACAGUACAACGUUUCGGGACCGACUUUUAGGGCCGAAUUCAUAAAUGUUGAGAGGGUGUUACACCACCCUAAAGUGCGCCCCUGACUGUGGUAAAAAAACUGCAUAUUACACUGUACUGGUCAUAGCCAACAUAUAAAGCAUAAUAAACCCGUGAUGAUGAGUACAUGUUAAAAACAAAAAAAAAUAUAAGAUUUAUUAUGAUAUAAUUUAUUAAUAUAUACUACAUAUAUGACUGCCAAGUAGACAUUUAUACUAAAACAGGGUCAAAAUACAAAAUUAUGUAUAGUUAUUAUAGUACAAACAAACCAAAAUACUUUAAAUUAGUUUAAUUAAAAAACGUUUUAAAUAUUAGAAUACAGAACUGAAAUUAAAGGAACAUAUUCACUAUUAAAUGUUCUUGCUAUUAUCAGAGGCAAUUCAUUCAGAUUGACUAUAGUUAGGCUUAGCAAUUUGUUCAAAGAAACGCGAGUUCUCUGACUGAAUUGGAACAAAAACGGAACACAAUUCGUCAAUGUCACAAAGCUUAAAAUGGCACUUAUCUGUUCAUAGGUUCUAAAUAAAUUAGAAAUGCAGUACAAGCACCUAUCAGUGAUACUUAAUUUUCAAAAACAUAAUUCGAUCGUUAGUUAAAACGCGAAUUCACCUGUUUUUAUUCCUACGCCUAGUUUUUUGCAAGACAUUCUCUGCGAACCGUGUUCACAUCUCGCCUCUUCUCAACGUAUUUUCUUCGCCAUUAUUGCACAGAACUUCAUGAAACUACACCUGCAUGUAGUUAAAAGUUGCAUGGUUGUUUUCCUGUAGAUAAAAGUUAGCGAUGGAUACAGGCAAGAGUAGUUGAAAUCCGCCAUUUCAUACUCAAAGCAAAAUCGUUCGCUCCCACAGCCGCCAUUUCGUUCGGAAGCAACUUGCAGCCUCCUACCGUCAUGCUAAGCGGGAAGAACGUUAUAAGGGAAAAGGACUAUUGGCGAUGCAGGAUGUGGCUGAAAUGGCAAAAUAAGAGAAAGAGCUAGACCUACACGGCAAAUCAUGUUGACGAAUAUGUUAACGAACGGUCGCUUUAUUUUAAAACACUAGAAAAAUUAUAUGGACAUUCUUGAACAAUUAAGUAUAAUCUAAAAUCCGAAAUUAAGACUGGAUUGGAUUUUAAGUCCGAGACUAAGUUUGGUUUAGUCUAAACCAAAUAUAUAAUUUCUUCCCAUCUUCAAAUAUAGUCAACUUGGCAUUCCCAUCUUCCCAUUAUAAUAUAUGGUCAACUUCGCAGUUGAGGAAAUAUCGGUGAGGUGUAGGGGGGGGGGGGGGGGGGGGAAUUUUGACCCAAAAGAGGGCUAAAAACAACCUUUUCGAGUGCAAAUGGAGGGGUUGUCGAAAAUUUGAAGGUUUUGUCGGAAAUUUAGGAGACUUGCCCCCCACCGGAAAAAGUGGAUUUCCUCCAUUGCAACUUGGUAUCCAUUAUCACCAAGCUAGCUCGCUACAUUUCUAUAUUAUGUUCGACUAAAUGUAAAAACCAAUCUGAUAUUUAUACAAAUUUAUUUGCCAAUUCUUUCACCCAAAUUACAACAGUGAGCCUGUAAAAAGUACAUGACUGGCGCGCAGAUAGCGUGAUAUGACAAUAUUCAUGUCCGUAUUGGAAUUUAAAGAUAAAUCACCAUUGACAACAUUAAUAUAAGGGAUUUUAAGAUUCACGUUUCUGGGAACGGCAAACGGCAGGUUUAAAUUUUCUUGGCAAAAUUUUCGUUCGACGUUUACGCUUCAUAUUUUCUUUCUUGUGUCGAAAGAAUAAUCAUGAUUUUUUUCUGUGUUGGUAUUGUGUACUCAGGUGAAUAUGAUGUUUGUGAUGUUACUCUGAGUGUACAUCCACACCGGGCAAGCUUGAAAAAUAUGCCUUGCCACGGUGGGAAUAAUCAUGUAUUGUAGUUUUAAAACAACAAGUUCAUUUACUCUUUUUUGCCUGAUACCGUAAAACAUUUCUUUGCCUGGCGUUUGUCUUUUGACGUAUAAACGCGAAGCUUAAACUCUCUUAAAAUCCCUUAUAAUUUGUACCGCUGAAGAAUAAUUUCCACCACGGAAAUAAGCAGCGGAUCGGACCGGAUCGGAACAAAACAAAAUCUGGGCAUGCGCCAUCAGUAGAAAUGUUUGGUUCGGAUUUUUCCGGCGACGUGGCUGGCCGGAUAAUAAAUAGUUGGAAUGUUUUCAACUUUAUUUGGUCCGGUCCAGCGGAUUAAACUUGUCGACCAAUCAAAAUGCCGUAUUAUCUCACAUAAAUUAAAAUAAUUAAAUACAGUAAUACCUGUAUAAAAUUUACAAAAUGGAGGGUUUGAGACUGGAACGAGCUCCAUUUUUUUCCUUUUCCGAUCCGAUCUUUCCACUUGUCCUUUUACUGGAAAUCGCUUGUUGGAUGGGACCGGAUCGGAAAAACCACCAAUCCGGUUCUACCCGCUGCUUAUUUUCAGGAGUGGAAAUUCGCCUUAACACUUACCUGUACGGGAAAUCUAUUCCUAUUCAUAUUCCUUUCCCAAACCGAAACAGUCUAUAGUUUCAUGGAUGGUAUCAUAAGAUCUAAUAACGCUAAACGCAAAUUGUGUUCAGAGCUCGACAACUAUCUCUCUGUAGCUCAGUUGGUUAAAGCGCUGCACCGGAAUCGCAGGUCAGCAGGUUCGAUUCCUGCCAGAAGGCCGAUAGUUGCAUUUUUCGCAACUGCCCCUGGUUAGGUGUAAUGAAUGUAUAAAAAUUCCAAUCGAAAUUUCCAUCUACAAAUCCCAUCACAAUUUCUAACCAUGAUAACCAUUCAUAUUUAGUCAAGUAUCCAAUAUGUUUUCGAUACUUUUAAUGCUAUUAUUUUUUAGUAUCAAAUCCGAGCGCUGAAGAAGAAACUGAAGUCCUCCCAAAGGUACAGUUUUCCUAUCAAGGAAAAUGGAGCAUGGAUUGAAAAUCAAGAUAUUCCACUGUGGCAGAAAAGGGCUUCAGCAUUCGUCAGUGAAACUCCCACUGGUGAAGACAACCCAACUCUCACAACAUAGUUCCGACGUUUGAACACAACCAUUCACGUGUGGGUUCCGUAUUGAUAUCAUCAAGUACAGUACUGAUCAUACUAACUGAUGUGCAUGCCUAAAUUUUACGUAGUUCAUUACUAAUGCAUAGCAUGUGAUUCUUUGAAUGCUCAGUGGAACUUAAAGGAAUGUAAAAAGUUUGUUGUUAUGAAAUAUACUGUACCCCUCUAAAGCAGUAGUAUGUGGAAUGGGGGGGGGCUCUUAAAAUUUCCUUUCUGUUUAGGUGACCUAAACCCAUCCUCAAGAAUUUUAUUAGCACUGAAAUAUCAAAACUCCGGCUGGUAGGAAUGCAACUAGCUGAAAAAUUUAUCAAAGAGGAAUUCGACGUUUCGGGCGGAAGUCCUGUAGCGUUAGUUAGUAACGGAGUUAAUUAUGGUAACGAAGUCGCUACUGACUUCCAGACGAAGACUUCUCGCUCGAAAUGUGGAAAUUUCCUCUUGUAUUUGUCAGGUAAUUACCUGAAGUUUUGUUAAUUAUUGGCAUUAUAUACUGUUUCUACACUGGCUCAGACCUUUCAAGAUUAUAACACUGAAAUAAUCUUUUGAUAAUAUUAAAAUAACAAUUUUUUGUUAUUUUAAUAAGAAUUUGGGUUAUUAUACAAUUAAUUAAAGUACCGUUAUUCCAAUGUAUUUGUAUUUAAUUUUUGAAUGUCUGUAGUGAUUGUUAAUAACAUCACUUAGACUGCAGGAAAUCGUGUUUUAGAGACCCAAGAAUCAUAAUAUGUCUGGCUCUCCCUUGAAGAAUAAUGCAACUUUGUUAAAAUUUAGUCAGGACUACAUGCCCACUGCCCCAGAGUUGUUUACGUCAGCUAAACAGUAUUGGAAAAUUUUCCCUCCAAUGUUCUACCGUACAUAAUUAUGCAUAUUGUGCAUUCAAUACGAGGAAUAUAUUAAAUGCAUCUUGUAUGCUUAAAACUUGCGAUUUAAAAAAGGAAACAAUUCACACGGUCAAGAUCAAAGAAUGCGUUUAUCUCCGAGCAAGUUUUUUGCGUUCCUUAAAGUUGUGGCUGAAAAUGGGUUCUUUUACAUGCUACAGUAUAACUUAUAGUUCGAAUAAUGUAAUAAUAUUAUAAGAUAUAAAUGUUCAAUUUAUCAAUAUUUAUGUACGAUAUAGAUUUUGCUCCUAGUUAUUUUUGUUUCGUAAUUGUAGUCCUGAAACAAAAGGUUGACACUUGUUAAUGGUAACGUGAGUACAUGACGUAGUCUGCAGAACAGUAACUAAUUAUCAGGAUUUGGGUCGGGGCAUCUCACUCGAUAUUUAACAAUUAUUUGCCGCAGGCGAGGUGAUUAUCGGGGAAUAUUCGCCGAGACGAAGUCGAGGUGAAUAUUCAGUGGUUUAACGUUAUAUCAGGGGCCCCCGGUUCAAAUUUUCGAAGGCCCCUAGCAGAAGCGCCAAAGGCACGAGUUGAGCGCCGCAUAUGCACAAGUUUUCAAGGGGUCCAGGGCAUGCUCCCCCGGAAUAUUUUUUAAUCUAGACUUUCUGAAAUGCCGUUUCCCCGACUUUGGGGUGGGAUUUUAAAGAAUUCUAAUGGUCAGAAAUCGACAUUGUGACAUAUCAGAGGCUCUGGCCAAUGCUUUUGCUCUACAACCUGAACCUGGGGGCUCCUAUUGGGCCCAUUGGGGUUGGGGGCCCCCGGGUUCGCCCGGUCCGAGCCCAUAGUAGUUACGCCACUGUGAAUAUUCCCCGAUAAUCACCGAGCCUGAGGCGAAUAGUUGUUUUAGUAUUUUUACACAAGAAUGAUUUUAAGCCGACAAACAGAAAGGCAGACUUCUAAAAAACUUGACCCACAUCCCAUCUCAACCCUAACCUCUCCCCUAUACCCUAACCCCCACCAGUAUUCGUUUAUAUUAACUGUAUUACAGUGCGUCUACAGUAAGUGGGGCCACUUACAGAACACUAACCAAUCACAUUGAAGAACAGAAAUUGGAAAAAUCAACAAACGGCGCAUUAGCCAAUCAGCAUUAGGCCAAAAACAAUUUGAACAAAUAAACGAAUGUCAAACGGUAAAAAUAGACUUGUAAAAGUAAACACUGCAGUUAAUGGCUUCCUGUAUCUUUCUUUUGAUUGGACGAGCUUUAGUUUGAUUAGAUUUUUCUUUCUGUUCUGCAAUGCGAUUGGUUAGUGUUCUCUAAGUGGCCCCACUUACAGUAGAUGCACUGUAAUAUAAUCCUUGUUCGUGAACAGCAACUAAAGGAGCAGAGCAGUACGCUUUGCGAUCAAUUGUAAGAGAAAAUUGUGACAUGAGUAAUUUUCAAUUCGUUCCUGUAAAACCUGUGAAUACAAACCAGCUUAGACCAAAAUUUAACUGCACUCACAUGGGAAUCCGCUGACAUACAGUAUGGAAUUACUGAUUUUGUACACUAGCUCGAAUACAAAAUUUCAAAAAAUGGUCUCUAAAGGUUUUUUGAUGCAAUGUUUCCCAAACAUAAAGGGGAUAACUAUUCAGUAUACGCUCAGUUUUUGCGAGUACUAAUUGAAAGUUAAUGUCAGACUUUACUGCUGUGCCCCAUUCCUGCAUGUUAUACACGGCAAAAAACGCUCAGGUUGAUGCAAUACUGAUGAAAACAGGAUUGAACAAUGUUUUGCUGCUCACAUUGUUCAUAGCUGUCAACAAUUUUGAACAAUAUUGUUACACCCGAUUCAGGCUCAACAACAUUGUUCAAUAUUGUUGACAAGUGUGAACAAUGUGGGCAGCAAAACAUUGUUCAGUCCUGUUGAGCAACGGGCUCGGCGUUUUUUGCCGUGUAGGCUAUACAUGAGAGUUAAUUUAAUUACAGCGGUGAUUAUGUCUUAUUUCUGUCCUG